UCUCGAUAGAGAAGGGUCUCCGCUUGGGGGGAUCAUUGAAUAACACAUAAUGUGCGAAUAAGGGCAGCCGAUGGACUUUCUGGUGCAUCCCUAUAGAGUUGGUGCCCUACGCAGACUGCGUAAUAUGCGGUAAUGGAUAGGAAUCGCCCUUCAGAAUGGAACAGACGGUUGAAUAAAUGGAGGACAUGUCUGCUACCACUAAUGACUAGGUUACUUUAUUGUAGAUACGGUAUUGAUGCCCUCUCUGCAACAAAACAAUAUGCUUCUCUCCUGUGUUUGAUUUUACUCGGCUGCAGCAGAACAGCAGCAAAGCAAAAGCAAGCACAAGCACCAGUAUCUAAGCAACCAGGUGUUAAUGUUGUCGGUCAUGAUACAGCAGUCUUAAAUGGACAAAAUGCUACUUUGUUUUCUGAGCUGACUGAGACCAAAGAUGCUAUAACACGUAUUGUAUGGCAGAAGAAGACACGAGAAAAUCCUGAAGAAACAACUUUCUUUAUUAUUCGUCAAGAUGGCAAAACAGAACACAGAAAUGGUUUAGGGGACAGGGUAAAAUUUAUUGGGAACAUUGCAGAGAAGAAAGGAACGAUCCAGCUGGUGGAAAUGAGGAUCUUGGAUGAAGGAAUCUACACUUGCAUCUUCAACCUGUUUCCUAGUGGGCCAUUUGAGACAAACAUCAAUGUUACAGUUCUUGUUCCUCCUGUGGUUAUCCUGACAGAAAAAGCACCUGUUGCUGGUAAUUUAGAAGUUACUUUGGCAUCAUGCUUCGCCUACAAUGCACGACCUGCAGCAGAAGUAUUCUGGAGGUUAGGAGCUCUAAAUAACUCACUGAGAACUGAAACCAGCCAUACAGUCCACCCAAAUGGGACUGUUACUGUUGUGUCCAUCCUACUUGGUGUACCGGACAAAUAUUUGAACCAGAGGAAGGUCCAAUGUGUUGCAAAACACAGCACCCUGACCAAGGAACUGGACUACACAAUAAGCAUCCAUUAUCCUCCGGAACCAGUGAUGAUAGUUGCUGACAGUCCAACAGAAUUUCAUUGUAAAGUUGAUGGUAACCCAAUCCUGACCUACACCUGGAGUAGCAGAGAUAAUAAAAUCACUCCAUAUUAUGAGGGAAGCAAACUUCUUAUUCCCAAACAGUCCUCUGACUUUAAUGGCUUGUACAUCUGUAAUGCUUCAAACAAGUAUGGAAGUUCAUCAGGUUCCCUGUAUUUGCAUGUGCAUACUGAAUCCAGCAUUAUCUGUUGGGGUCUGUUUGGUUUUGUCAUUUGCUCUGCUGUUCUUGGCAUUGUUGUCGGGAACAUAUUGAGCACGGGGCUGUGGGAUAGGAUCCAGAAUAGGAUUCGAGAAAUGCUUCCGGAUAGAAAUCAAGUACCUACAGAUCCCCCGAAUCCAGGAGAAGCACAGAUUGAAGAACUUGAAGAAAUACAAGAGGAGGCGAGAUGAUGGUCAGGUUCAGCUGAUACCAAAGUGCCCUCACUAAAUAUCAGUAAUGACUUCACUGGUGUGAUAUAUCAGUCAGAGGAAGGUUUGUUUGAUGAUCAUGGUCCAUUUAAAUAAGAAAAUAGUGCUGUAUACCACGGCUAACACAAGCACAAUGUAAAGACACCUACAGGACCACCACAGCUCUCAACUUAAAUCCACCAGGUCUGAAGAGACUCAUGCAGUACCACCGCUCCCUAUAAGCAUAUUACGCAGUAUGCGCAGGACACCAACUCACUAGGUGGGCACCAGAAAGUUCACCUGCUGCCCUUACUCACACAUUAUACGUUAUUCAAAGACCUGAAAGCAGUUGCGGAACACAGACACUCACUUCACACUCAUAUCAUAUGAAACCCCCUCCACCUGGAACUCGUAGGGCAUCAAUUUGGCCAGCGCCGACCCUGGACUCAUGUGAAAUCAUACAGGAGAGAAGCUGUCAGUUGAGUUUGUGGCAGAAACUUUUACAGUGCUAGCAUAUUGUUCUGAAUUUUACUGCAUAUGAUAAUUUAUAUUCAGAAAGUAGAACUAUAGUGACAUUCAUUACAAGAUGAUUAGUUAAAACAUUUCAAAAUGCACCUGCAUUGUUUUGCAUUUUGUUACUUUCAGUCGAAUUAGGGAUGGGCGUAUCAAUACUAAAGUAUCGAUUCUCACAUAAAAAUAUAGAUUCUGAAGGUUUUUUUUUAACUAGUGAUCUUAUUAUUUAUAUAACAUGAAUAUUAAUGUAUCUCAUAAGCUUCAGAGUGGAAAAGGAUUAUUAUAUGAGCAAAUUGUAGAACUUUUUUUUCUUCCGCUCAUCUUGACGCACAGAAAUGCUAAAAUACACCAGCAGACAGACAGCACUCACUCUUUCAGUCAUAGCGCUCGUUCAAAGAGGAAGCAGUGCUUUCCUGAGGUAAUGACAGAAAAACAGCAUCUGGAGUUAUUCACACCAAGUAAUGACAAACCUAGACAUGACAUGUAUUAUAAUGGGCUUGUGUGACCAUUUUAACGGGCUUAUUUAAAUUCAGAGGUGUUAAAACAUUGAUAAUGAUCUUUAAUCCUAGUUAAUAAAAGAUACCCACGACUGUAGUGACCAUGUUUUUUUUAUUUUUAUUUAUGUAUUUAUUUUAGUAGUAACCAAGGUUUUGAUACAAUUAACCAUGGUUUUACUACAGCAUUACUGUAUUAUCCAUAUUGUAACUUUGUUUUAGUUAUAGAAGCCAUAUAAUAUACUAAAAAAAAUUUAAAAGGAAAAAAAGAAGCCUAAUAAUUUUCUGCUUAAGCCUAUAAAUAUAUAAAACAUUUCAGUAAUAAUUUAAGUUACUAAUUUUAUCCAAAGUAUUCAUAAAAAUACUGGCCUAAAAGUACUUGGUAUCGGAUUGAAAAGAAAAUAGUGGUAUCGCCCGUCCCCAAGUCGAAUAAAAUACCAGUCAUGUAUACAUGUAUAGUGUUAAAAUAACGUCUCGUUCUCGUGAACCCAGUAUCGUGUAUCAUCACACCCCUAAUGAAAUCUGAAAUCUUCACAAACACGAUCCAAAGCACAAUUAUUUGUGGUAUACUUGUAAAUACUAUUUAAAAUCAUUUUUAAAAUGCGUCCGAGUUUGUAUGGUCAGUGGUUUGAACAGUUUAUUUUUUGGUCAUGAAAAUUAGUAGACAUGUAAAUAUAUUAAUAUUUUUACUAAAUAUACUAAAUAUUAGUAGACAAUUGAACUUCUAAACACAUUGAGAUCGGUACACAUGUGUAAUUCAUUGAAGUAUGACAACCAAUAUAAGCGACAAAAACAAUACCAGAAAACAUAUCCAAGCAUUAUAGCUGGUAAACAACUUCACCAAACAGUUAAAACAGUUCAAAUAAAUCCAUUAGGAGAAUAAUUUCAUGCCGCUGUUGUCCCCUGAAAACAUGACUGGACUGACUGAACAGCUUUCUGAACAGGACCUUCUGUCUGAGCUAACAGACAUGAUGUAAAUACACAAGAACAAUGACUUAUUCAUGCGAUUUCUUGACAAAUCCAACCUGACAGCUCUAAAGAGGAAUAAUUUUUGUACACUUACAGUAGUGAAUAGAAGUAAGACAAGAACAAAAAUUGUUCAAAGUGCAGCUUUAAUUACAAAAACUUAUGCUGCAACUAAAUUCAAAAUAUUUGCACAAAAGGAUCAGCAAAAUUUUUGUUUUGUUCAUCUAAUCAACUAUGGAAAUGUUCCACAGACACUUGAUAACCAUACAAUUUACACAUUUAAGCAGAUACAUGGGUAGAUACACCAUUUCACUGUUAUUUCUUGGUCACACUUUAUAAUUAACAUUAUAUGCAUACAAGACUAUUUAUUUACUGUGUGUAACUACAUGUUAUUCUGCAAAAUGUCCACAGUUACUGUUACUGAGGUUGAGGUACGUGUAGGUUUAGGAGUUAGGGUUGGGGUAGAGAUAGGUUCUAGGGUAAGGGCUUGGUUAGGGUUAGUGGUAGAGUUAAGUGUAACUACAAAUGUAAUUAAAUGUAACAACAUGUAUUUACAUAAUAAGUACAUUGUAUCAAAUGGUUAAGUACAUAGUAGUUAAGGCCACCUAAUAUAAAGAGUCUUUUGGAAAACAGUGCAUUAAAAAUGUCUCCAUUGUUUUAUUUGUUUUAGAUGAGUGUGACAUUGUCAGUCGGUUUAAAGGAAAUUAAGGAAGUGGAAAACAGCUUGCACUCUUCAUGGUAAUUUAUUUUGUACACUAUUUUUAAUAAACUCAUCAGAUUUAACAUAAGGAAUAUUGAUGCAAUGUUGCCAGCUUCAGAUCUCCCCUUCACUCUCCAAAAUUAGUUACAUUUGAAGUGUUGUUUUUGUAGUUUAAAUAUUCUUUACAUUCUUUUUAACAUAUCUUCAUGGUAAACCAGCUAAAUGUUAUUUAUAAAUGUAAUGUCAUUCUGUCAAUUGCUUUGUCUUAACAAUCCUGUAAUAAAGAGUGAACAAC